AUGGCUCCCAACUUCGGCCGGUCCAUCUCCUUCCCUCUUACCCCGGCGAGGUCAUUCUCAAAGCCGUUCUGCCACGUCCGCUCCGUCAGCCUCCCCGGCACCACUUCCUCCCACCCGCUCCUCGCCAACCUCCACGCCCACAUCGCCGCCGUCCGUUCCUGGAUCCAGGACACGGCCUCCCUCCAGGCCGGCCUCACCGCCAUCCACGCGCUCCACGCUGCACUCGCCGACCUCCUCCUCCUUCCUGAGUCUCACCGCGUCACUAGCAACGCCUGUGACCGCCUCCUCGACGCCUUCCUCCUCCUCACCGACGCGCACCAGGGCUUCCAGGAGUGCCUCAUGUCGCUCAGGCACGCGGCGGCCGAGUCCCGUGCUGCGCUCCGCAGAGGCGGUGCCACAAGGCUCGCAUCUACCGCCAGGUCCCAGCGUCGGGCUGAGAAGGUCCUCGCUCGCCUGGCCGCGUCCGUCUCCGCCGUCUCCUCCAAAUGCGCCCGCCUGAACCUCGUGGGCGAGGAUGCAGAGAUGGCCGGUGCGAUCAUGCAGGCAGCCGCUGCGAGCGCCGCGGCCCCCGUGGCCAUGUUCUCAGCUGCCACGUCAAUGUCGUCCCCGGCGUCAUCUUGCAAGAAGAGGUCCAUGUUUAUUCCCACGUUCGCCACCAGGAAGGUUGAGACAGCGGAGGCGGCAAUGGAGAGGAUGUACGCGCUGGAGCGGUGCUUUGACGAGUGCGACAAACCCUGCCACAUGGUGUUCCGGAGCGUGGUGCAGACCAGAGUUUCACUGCUCAACAUAAUGACCCCCACGAUCUAG